GAAAGAAGAGAGCCCAACGGUUGCUAAAAUGUGGCUUGUGAAAUUAUAUAUCCAUCGGUUUGAUUGGGUUGUUUGUCCAUACUUUGGGUUCUGGGCCCUGGAAAUUUUGUUGGGCAGUCCCAAAACCAAACGUUGUCUUCAAACCAUGGUUGGCAGGGAUCUUCCCUGUUCGUCUAGGGUGGAGAGGAAGCAUAUCCAUACCCUGUCAGAAACUACCCUUGUCAAGCUUGCAGCGGAUCGGGAGCUUCCCUUGUCAGGAUGGGACGUCGAAGGAACUCAGGAUCCUCUUGUGGUGAGUACGGAGUAUUGAAUGCCCAAAAAGGGGACUUGAGGACGGAGGGCUGUAAAUUAAUUUCGAACACCAUUUGAAUAGUUGUAUCAAAAACCCAACCCUUAGACUCCGGGUCCUCCAGAGCUGGGUACGAUGAUCAAAGCACCUUCAUAAGCGGAAGCAAAAAAGAAAAGAAAAUAAAAAAGUACAACAACAGCAGCCAGAAAAGAAGCAAUUGUAGGCCAAGACACAAGUUCGUCAUUGCACGAUCGGGCAAUGGACGGUUGAACAACGUCUUUCCCUGGUGAUCGUGCGCAGGAGCUUUGCUUCGAUCUGGUGGUAGUCAGUCACUCUACCAUGACGCAGGAACGUAACUAUGUGUGAGUAUACUUCAGACACUGUCAGACACCCCAAAUAAAAAGUCUCUGAUAUGCGCGUUCAGCGCCGGGAACGAAGUUUUAGCCAGCCAGUGGCCGCCCUGUCGCAUUUCAAAUUCUCGGGAAGAGUUGCUCCCCUUGGGCUUUGGUGAAACGCAUCUCGUCCAGUCCAGCUCGAGCGCGCCAGCGGCGUUGCAGUCAGACUGUCCCGACAUCGCCCGAUCCCGAAGGAGUUACCUCCGCAAGGCAUCGCAAGCUUCACACUGAGUUUCCUUGUCGUGACGGGCAGGCUAACUUCUGCUUGCUCUCCUCUUCUCCCUGCCCUUGCUCGCUGUCCCCUUCCCUUCCCCAGAAUCCGGCUCCAAUCCUGGUUUCAAAAGCAAAGCAAAGGAGAGCAUAGCGAGAAACCGUACUGACGUGGGCCCCUGGAAGAAGAUUGGUUACCAUUAACUAUAUAUCGACGGCCUCUUCCUCGUUCCUCGGGAGGGAGAUGCUUUCUCGUCCACCUCUCCCGACGCAUCACAGGCUUGCUUCUGUUGCUUCUUCUUCUUCUUCUUUUGCUGCUGCUGCUGCUCGCACUCGCACACUCACCUCUCAUUCUGCUGCCCCCCUUGCCUCACUGCCAUUGCGCUCCAGACCCAGCAUGAUCGGUCCCAGCCUGUACUGCCCCCAGUAUAACGCCAUGCACUCCUCGUCUCCUGCCCAGUCGCCCGCCGGCUCGACUGGCUCUCCAGUUGACGGCUACUUCGACACUGCGAACCCAGGCUACAUCCGCAAGUAUCUGCGGACAUACGGACUCACGCCGCCGCGUGCAGAGAGCUACGAGGUGCAGAAGACAAGAUGUAAGUGCGCAUGAAGCUUCACAGAACGGUGCAGAAGCUGACUGCCGCUACAGGUCUUGCCCAGCUAGCUCUCAAGUCUACCCCCAUCGAGAAGUUCCUCUACCUCAGCACAAUCCGCAAGAACAGUGUGCAUCUGUUCUACCGCCUGGUCAUGGACCAUCUACAGGUAUAUGCGUGAUCCCGGGCCGUUAGACAAGUGAUUGGUGGACGGAAGACUGACAGUUGUGUAGGAGCUUACUCCCCUGAUCUACACACCCGUUGUUGGUGAGGCUUGCCAGAAAUGGUCCGAGAUAUAUCAGCAGCCCGAAGGUGAGCUUUGUGGUGUGAUCCUACGCCUUCUACGAGCUGUGCCGUAUUAACUUUCGGUGUAGGAAUGUACCUUAGCUAUGAAGACCGCGGAAACAUUGCUGCAGUUAUCCAGAACUGGCCCCAGCCAAAUGUUGACAUUACCGUCAUCACUGAUGGCUCGAGAAUAUUGGGAUUGGGCGAUCUCGGAAUCAACGGAAUGGGCAUCCCAAUUGGCAAGCUUGCCCUCUAUACUGCCUGUGCUGGCAUCAGGCCUGAAGCUACUCUCCCCCUCACCCUUGACUUGGGAACCAGCAAUAAGGCUCUAAGAGAAGAUCCCCUGUACAUGGGUAGCCGCCGUGGCAAGGUUACUCAGGAGCAGGAGCUUGAGUUCAUGGAUGAGCUUAUGGCUGCAUUGACCGAAAGAUGGCCAGGUAUUGUUAUACAAUUUGAAGACUUCAAGAAUCCUUUCCCGGCCCUCGAAAAAUACCGACACAACUACACUUGUUUCAACGAUGAUAUCCAGGGAACUGGAGCCGUCAUUUUGGGCGGUGUGAUAAAUGCCGUCAAGCGAUCUGGCGUUCCACCAAAGGACCACCGUGCUGUGUUCCUCGGCGCCGGAAGCGCAGGAGUAGGUGUUGCUAAGCAGAUCGUCGAUUUCUUUGUCAAGGAGGGAAUGACAGAGGAUGAGGCCAAAGCUUGCUUCUACCUUGUUGACACUAAGGGUCUUGUCACUGCGGACCGAGGCGACAGACUCGCAGCUCACAAAGUCUACUUUGCCCGCCAUGAUAACAACGGCCAGCAGUUCAAGACCUUGGAAGAAGUUGUAGACCAUGUCAAGCCCACCAUGCUGAUGGGUCUCUCCACCCUUGGAGGCGUCUUCACCCCCGAGAUCCUCAAGAAGAUGGCCGAUAAUAACAAGCAGCCCAUCAUCUUCCCUCUCUCGAACCCCUCCGCUAACUCAGAAUGUGACUUCAAGUCUGCCAUCACUCACACCGACGGCCGUGCCCUGUUUGCUUCAGGCUCUCCAUUCCCUUCAUUCUCCUUCAAGAAUAGCGCUGGUGAGACAUCGACCUACUACCCUGGCCAAGGCAACAACAUGUAUGUCUUCCCCGGUAUCGGACUCGGAACCAUCCUCUCCAAGGCCGUCGAAGUCACCGAUAGCAUGAUCUACGCCGCGGCAGACGCCCUUUCAACAUCCCUGACAACCGAGGAGCUUGACCGAGGCCUGUUAUACCCUGAAAUCACAAGAAUCCGUGAAGUCAGCGUUGCCGUUGCCAGAGGAGUCAUUCGUGCCGCCCAGGAGGCCAAAGUGGACCGCGAAACGGCGAUCCGAACCUUCACCGACUCUGAUCUGGACUCUUGGAUCAAAUCCAAGAUGUAUAACCCGCAUUCCGAGGUUAACUCGCUCGAACGCGAAGUUGGUAUUCUCCUCUCCUCCAUCGGCCGUAUGAAUGGCACCUCGAACGGAGACAUAUCGCCUCGUGGUGAGGACCAAGGCUCCAAGCUCUAG